GGCCCUUCCGGCGCGUCAAUUCCGCCCGCGCGCGGCGCCGCCGGAAGUGCGUGGGCGCCUCGUCCGCCCGGGCCGGCCCGAGGGGCGCGGCGCGGGGUCGGCGCGGCCGGCGCAGGGCAGGAUGUACACGCUGCUGUCCGGCCUGUACAAGUACAUGUUCCGGAAGGACGAGUACUGCAUCCUCAUCCUGGGCCUGGACAAUGCGGGCAAGACGACCUUCCUGGAGCAGUCCAAGACCCGCUUCAACAGGAGCUACAAGGGCAUGAGCCUGUCCAAGAUCACCACCACCGUGGGGCUCAACAUCGGCACCGUGGACGUGGGGAAGGCGCGCCUCAUGUUCUGGGACUUGGGGGGACAGGAGGAGCUGCAGUCUCUGUGGGACAAGUACUACGCAGAGUGCCAUGGUGUCAUCUACGUCAUUGACUCCACAGACGAGGAGAGGCUGUCGGAGUCCAAGCAGGCCUUUGAGAAGAUGGUCACGAGUGAGGCUCUGGACGGUGUCCCCAUCCUGGUGCUGGCCAACAAGCAGGACGUGGAGACCUGCCUGUCCAUCCCCGACCUCAAGACAGCCUUCAGCGACUGCACGUCCAAGAUCGGCCGGCGCGACUGCCUGACCCAGGCCUGCUCGGCCCUCACCGGCCAGGGUGUGCGCGAGGGCAUCGAGUGGAUGGUGAAGUGCGUGGUGCGAAACCUGCGCCGGCCGCCGCGGCAGACGGACAUCACAUAGGCAGCCCUGCUGCCCUCCGGCCGUUCCUCUUCCCAGUCCCAAAGGCUUUGGAUUCUCUCUGACAAACUUUUCUGUGUCUGGAAACGUGUGAGCCCUGGGGCUUCUGUGCAGGGGAGUCGGGCGGAUGGGCCGGCUCCAGCCCGGGGUCCCCCUCACCCUGAGUCACUCCACCCCAGGGCACCUGCCAGGGCUUAGGAUCAGGCGGGGACGUGCUCUGCUGUGUCCCCUGUGGGAGCCCCUGCCCAGUGGGCCUGGCCCUGGGAAGAUACCAGCAGGAAAGAAGGGUCAGGCUGUGCGCCCCUGCUGCCCUGCGGGGCCCGCGUGGCGGGGUCAGGUCCCAGGGCAGGGGAGGCGAGUCCGGGCUGGCACUGCCUCUCCCUAGGGCCUCUCGGUGCAGAGCAGCCUCCCAGAGCCGGCUCCCCAGAGCAGAGCAUUUCCCAGGAAGUUUGGACUGCCCUGCCCUCAUGGACUCCCAGACUGACCUGCCCUGCCCUCCACAGCGCCAACUCUACCCGCCCUCUGACCCAGUGCGGGGAGGGGGCAUAUGGGGGCGGCGUGCCCAGGUUCUCUGCAGGGUCCUGCCACACUGCACCCAGACAGCUGACAGCCGGGAUUACAAGAGACUAUAAAUAAACUAUGGAGCCUCUU